CUGAGUGUCGCUUGGGAGAAUGACAUUUAAAAUCCGUGACUGAGAUUACGACGACGACGACGACGACGACGACGAAGGAGAGGAGGUGGAAAAAUAAACAGAGCAGACAGGGUUGACAGUUCGACGUUGACAGUCCGGGGCACAUGGACAUUGAGCACCGUUCAAGUUGAGUGUCGUUCAAGAAGCAGCGAUCAUGGAUCGCAACAACGAUCUGGACCAACACUUGCUGCACCAGUUCAGCUGCCUAGGCACUACAGACAAAGAUGACCUAGUGAAGCAGCUGCAGAAGCUACUGGCGGACAGCCAUCUGAACGAGACCACAGCUGCGUUCUUUCUUGACAUGAACAACUGGAAUCUACAAGCAGCGAUUUGCAGCUAUAUUGAUUUUGGAAAUCCCUUCAACACACCAUGUAUGACAUUGAUAUGCGACAGUACGAUCGGCGAGGGAGAAGCUGUGCCACCUAAUACAAACUUUCAGAAGUCAUGGCGCGUGCAGAACAGUGGUACCGAGGCAUGGCCCAGUGGGAUCCACCUGCAACAUUCUAGUGGAGUGCUAAUGGGCUGCGCGCGGAUACCUGUUCCACCAUUGGCCCCCAAAGAAACUACAGAAUUAAGCGUAACGUUGAAAAGUCCGGCUGAAACCGGCGUGCAUCAGAGUAAAUGGAGAAUGAUGACGCCCAACGGUGUCUACUUUGGUGAUGUUAUCUGGGUGAUCAUAACGGUGAAUGAAUGCGGCACAUUAGCGGUCACUCAACAGUUGCAUCAGUUAAGUACACAGUCCAAUGAUGUACAAAUGUGCUAGCCUUUGACGUACAAAAGCCUCCAUUAAGAAAGAUUUGCGAAAUAUUGUACAAGACGUCUCUCGGAAAUAUCGGAUCGUUGUGAAAAUCGGCAGUUGUUUCUAAAUUUUGUAUAGUUGCUUUUUUCACAACGGAGCUUUUUACCGCUCCAGCACCUCGUAAAAAGAAAUUGCUGUGUGUAGCAGAUCCAUUAAUAAAAGAUACAA